AUGAUCACCGCCCUUGAGGAUCCCCAACUCCCUAUUCCCGCCAUAGUCAAAUUGCAGACUCGGGUCAUAUUAUCACUGCUGCAGAAGCGCAAAAGGAAGGGAGGCAUCAGUGAGCUCCCAGUUGAGUUGCUUGAAGAAUGGUGCCAGUGCGUAGACCAGCUGGUGUGCGGGGACACCUCGAAGUUGAACGAGGUCGAAGAACGGUCUUGCAAAAUCGAGGCUUGCCUCUCGCCCAGGUCCGUGGAAAAUAUCGGCUGCCCUCGUGGCUGCCGUGUAUCGUUCGGAUCGUGGGACGCUUGGAAGAGACAUCAAAAGGCACAACACCGGGAAGGAGGUGUUAAGUGGACGUGCGAUCAAUGUCCCGAACUGGUGUUCUAUGACGCCCGCCAGGUCUCCAAACACAAGGAUACCAACAAGACACACAGGACCAGCGAACAGCCCUCGGGGGUUUGCAAUUACGGAUGCGGUCUCUGUGAGCUUGAAGAACCCAUCGCGGAAUUUGAAAAUUGGUUCGAGCAUGUGAAGGGUCAUGUUGAGAGAGGUGACAAAAUCAAAGGGUGGGAUUAUUCGCUUGAGAUGACGACGUUGAUGAAGAGCCAAUAUCUCGAGGAUGCCUUACCGCAACAGCCAAUUCCUCUGACCCAAUUCGACCUCAAGGUAAAUGAGAGGACUGAAGAACUUCGACAUGAUAUCCAGUGUAUAGCAGGUGAGGGUGGUGUGGCUAAUCUGGUGGAGAGGAUUGAAGCACUAGUCAGUCCUCCCAAACGAGGGCAUCCUGCAAUGCCCACGCCCGCUUUUGAUGAGCUGCCUUCGACGAGGCAGUUCUCAGAUGUCCCAGGCGGGAACGGGAUCGAAGGACUCGAGGAAAUUCAUAUCUCUGCAGCCUCUGGACAGAGUAAUUUUAGCCCUGCCGAUCUCCAUCGACAUGGCAGGGCAUCAGGGCCCCAUGACCAUCCUACCGCCAUCCACGAUCAAGCCACUGGGCAGUACGAUCAGUUUGGCUCCAGUUUACGGCCUUUGAUGUGGACAAAGAGAUCUCUGCCUUCCCAGGACAACCCGCUGGGACAUGACGAGACGUAUCCCAAGAAACAAAGGCAUGACCACCAGAACUGCCCACCACUCCAGGAACGACCCAAGCAAUCACAAGAUCCACCAUCCUUGGAGUUGACGGAAAAUAGCGGCAGCAGCAACUCUACCUCUCUGUCUACCAACUUACCCCUGAAUGGGUGGUCCGAUUCUUUCCCCAACCAGGGCGAUCAUACCGAUCUGAUCGAAUUCGACGAACUCUUCGAUUACGAACAGUACAGCCAUGACUGCGAAAAUGGGGGUUUGAAAAUUGGGCAUCCAGGACACUUUUAG